AUGUCCUGGGCGCUGCUCCUCGGGCUCCUGGCCGCGCUGCUGCUGCUGCUGCUGCUGAGCCGUCGGCGCACGCGGCGACCUGGCGAGCCUCCCCUGGAUAUAGGCAGUAUCCCCUGGUUGGGCCAUGCCUUGGAGUUUGGGAAAGAUGCUGCCAGCUUCCUCACCAGGAUGAAGGAGAAGCACGGUGACAUAUUUACUGUGCUGGUGGGGGGCAGGUAUGUCACUGUCCUCCUGGACCCCCACUCCUAUGACGCAGUGGUGUGGGAGCCUCGCACCAAGCUGGACUUCCACCCCUACGCCGUCUUCCUCAUGGAGAGGAUUUUUGACCUGCAGCUCCCACAUUACAGCCCCAGCGAUGAAAAGGCCAAGAUGAAACCGACCCUCCUGCACAAGGACCUCCAAGCGCUCACAGAGGCCAUGGACACCAACCUCCACACUGUCCUGCUGGGCGACAUCACAGCCACAGACGGCGGCUGGCACGAGAUAGGUCUCCUCGAAUUCUCCUACAGCUUCCUGCUCAGAGCCGGCUACCUGACUCUGUACGGAGUCGAAGCCUUGCCACGCACCCACGAGAGCCAGGCCCAGGACCGCACCCACUCAGCCGAGGUCUUCCACACCUUCCGCCAGCUCGACCUACUCCUCCCCAAACUGGCACGUGGCUCCCUGUCAGCGGGGGAUAAGGACCACGUGUGCAGAGUCAAAGGUCGCCUGUGGAAGCUGUUGUCCCCGGCCAGCCUUGCCGCUCGGGCCCACCGGAGCAAGUGGCUGGAGAGCUACCUGCUGUACCUGAAGGAGAUAGGCGCGCCGGAGGCCAUGCAGGCCCGGGCCGCGCUGCUGCAGCUCUGGGCCACGCAGGGCAAUAUGGGUCCUGCUGCCUUCUGGCUUCUGCUCUUCCUCCUCAAGCACCCCGAGGCCCUGGCUGCUGUCCGCGGAGAGCUCGAGCAGCUCCUCUCCAGAGCAGAAGAGCCUGUUUUGCAAAUGACCACCCUCCCACAGAAGCUCCUGGACAGCAUGCCUGUGCUCGACAGCGUCCUUAAUGAGAGCCUCAGGCUCACUGCUGCGCCCUUCAUUACCCGGGAGGUCAUGGUGGACCUGGCCAUGCCCAUGGCAGAUGGGCGGGAAUUCAGCCUGCGACGUGGUGACCGCCUCCUCCUCUUUCCCUUCCUGAGUCCCCAAAGGGACCCAGAAAUCUACGCAGACCCAGAGGUGUUUAAGUAUAACCGAUUCCUGAACUCUGAUGGGUCAGAGAAGAAAGACUUUUACAAGGACGGGAAGCGACUGAAACUUUACAGCAUGCCAUGGGGAGCUGGGCACAACCAGUGCCUGGGGAAGGCUUACGCCAUCAGCAGCAUCAAACAAUUCGUGUUCCUUGUGCUGGUGCACUUUGACCUGGAGCUGAUGGACCCAGACGAGGAGGUCCCCGACUUUGACCUCAGCAGGUACGGCUUCGGGCUGAUGCAGCCGGAACACGACGUGCCCGUCCGUUACCGCCUCCGGCCGUGAGCCCCAGGAGCAGGCAGGGCUCCGGCCCACCUUUUCCUCCACCAGCCUGCCCACCCCCCCCGGCUUUCUGUGUCUGCACUUCCCCUGGGUGCAGGAGCUUUGAGCACUCAGCGGUGCCAGCAUGAGCACUUUCCUGAUUUUUCCUUAGAAGGCUGUGUCCAGGGCAGGGGAACGAAGGGAAGCUGAGAGGGGGUGAAGGAAGAAGGGACACCAGAAGCUCUGUGAAUUGUCUGCUCCACUGGUCGAGUUCCAGAAUGAGUCUCUUUCUACUCCUAGCUCACCCUGCUCCCCCCCCUGCCCAUGAUACCCACAAAAGCCAGGGCACGCAGGGCAGAAGCAGGAGUCUAGAUUGCUCUUUGCCCCAGGUCCCCAGAGGGCCAGGUCCUUGACAAUGGUGUGGUCCAGGCCUUAGCCUCUCAAAAGCCCAUCAAAAGGCCAG